AUGGGUGGUCGUGUGUCCUUGCUGAAUUUUGUUCUUAAUUCCAUUCAAAUCUAUUUCUUCUCCUUCUACAAGGCUCCCAAAUGCGUUAUUCAAGUCAUUAUUAGGUUUCAAUGUGAAUUCCUUUGGGGUGAUGAUUUGGAGAAGAGAAAAGUGGCGUGGAUUAGCAAAUGGAAAUUGUGUAUUCUUAGCAAAGGCAACGUUUUAUGGUCGGACCUAUUAUCAACGAAAUAUGGUGAUACCAAAUCUAUAAUGCUCGAAGUGGGAAAACUAUUGGUUAACAAGUUUGAAUCCUUAUGGUGGAAAGACUUGAAGCUUGUAGGUGUUGUGGAGGUGGAUGACUACAAUUGGUUCGCAAAUAAUAUCUCUUGUAAAGUAGGCAAUGGUAUUACUAUUGAAUUUUAUAUAAACAUAUGGUUGGGCUCUUCUUCUCUUAACAUAAAAUUUCCAUUAAUUUCUGCAAUAGCAGUCAGCCAAAGGUUCAAGAUCUCAAACAUGGAGGAUUGGGCCGACAACAGUUGGAUUUUGGAUGUGAUGAUUAAGGAGGAUAUUCCACUAAAAGCGUAUGAGGAAGCUAAAUUAGAAUUACUUCUGGUCACUUUGUUGGAUAUUCGGCUAUGCCGGCGGGUGAACGAUUCUUUUUUGUGGCAGAGGUACAAAGAUGGUUUCUCAGUCACAAAUAGUUAUCAAGUUCUCUAA